AUGGCGGCGGCGCUAGCGGCCGAGUCCUGCCGACUCCCGGCGGCGAAGAACGUGGCCACACCCCGCGCGCGCCGGCUCCCCCCCUCACGCCGCGCGCCCAUUGGCCAGGACGCCCUGAUCUCAUUGGACGGGAAACCUGCCGCUCCGCGCGCGCGCCGGAGAGGCCUCUCUGCCCCCCAGAACCCUGACUACCAUGGCUUCGACGCGGACCCCAUGAUGGACGUGUGGAACAUGCGUCUGGCCUUCUUCUUCGGGAUCUCCCUCUGCAUCGUGGUGGGGUCCACCUUCCUGCACUACCUGCCGGAAUUCGGCAUGCGGAAGUGGGCGCGCCGGGAGGCCGAGCGGAUGGUGAAGGAGCGGGAGCGGCUGGGGCUGCCUGUCCUGGACUCCAAUUACUUCGAUCCCAGCAAGCUGGUGCUGCCGGCCGAGGAUGAGGAGUGAGGGGGGUUGGGUCGGCCCCCUCCUGGCCCCCCAGGGCUGUGUGAAUAAACCUGCUGAGCCACCUC